AAAGUGAAUUGAAUAUUUUUAAAAGAAAAAAAUGGGAUAUUUUCUUAUACUCUGGUUGGUGCUAUACCUGCCUUUUACAUUGGCCCAGUCCCAGCAGGUUAAAGAAGUAUGUGGUGUCCCAAUGGCUUCUUGUCCUUCUAAGAUUGAUUUCAGGGUUUCAGGAGGAGGAUCCACUUGUGCAGAACACACUCCUUGGAAUACAAUUGUUGUCAACAUCAAUGCACCUCCAGUGCAACCAGGUUUUAAAGGAUUAGUUGUGUGGUGUGGUGGAGUACUGGUCACUCAGCAUCAUGUUCUUUCAGCUGCCCACUGCUAUUGGAAGAAUGUAGAUGAGUUAGGAGGAAUAUGUCCCAAGGAGUUUGCAAAUGCAACAGCUGAGGAUUGCCAAACCAUUGAAUGUCCUCGAGAAUGUAGUAGAGUUGGGAUAGGAGCAUUAACUCUCUACUUUGGUGUUACCAACAGACAAGAACCUGGGUUUGGACUUGUAAGAUCAGUUAAAAGAAUAAAUAUACAUCCAGGGUGGGAUAGAGGAGCUAAACUAAAUAAUAUUUUGGAAGGUCAUGAUAUUGCGAUUCUUACAAUUAACACCAAAAUAGACUUAAAUCUUCCCAACAUUCAGCCAGUUUGCCUUCCUUACACAUACACUCAAGAAGUUGGAUCUCCUGCUCAAGUUGCUGGGUUUGGAGUAUUUGUUUCACCAAGAAAUGGGGAGAAAACCUAUCCUUCUGUAAUCCAGAGUGUGACUGUCUUUGUUGAUUCAAAGGAAGACUGUGUCAAGCAAUGGAAAAUUAGAGGAAAUCAGAUCUGUGCCAGGGGUAAAAUACCAAAGCCCUUUCCAGGAGAUGAAUCUUUUGAGAUAGUGGCAGAUAGCUGUGAUGGAGACAGUGGUGGGGGUCUGACAGCAGCUACUGGACCUGACCAGAGGACAGUUUUGUAUGGGAUCACUUCUUUUGGAGAACAAGACUGUGGUCGUGUAGGUGGAAAGUCUGGAGUAUACACAAAUGUUCAUGAUCAUAUGGACUGGAUAACACCAAUAAUCAGUGACGAGGAAGGAGUUUGCGGACCAGAUGAAUCUUGCUACAGCUUCAAUGAUACAGCUUGCUCUGAACUUGUCAAAUCUUUCAGAUCUGGAGUAAUUCUCAUUGCUGAUCUAAAAGAGAAGAUCUGUUCCACUAACCCAAGUAAAUUGUGUUGUAAGACUCCUGAGGCAUUUGAUGAUAUCAAAUUCAAACAUGUUGGUGGAUCCCCUUCAAGCUUUGCAUCUUCAUCAUCAGGAUCAAUAUCAAAUAUAAUAACUAGGCUUCCAUCACUUGGAGGCUCAUCUUCAUCUACUCAGAAUACUGAAUCAGACAACAAGUGUUCUAAACGGAUUCAGAAGGAUGAUACAUCUACUCCAUCUACUGCACCUCGAAGUGGAAACUGCUCUCAAAAAAAAGUUGUGUGUUACUUCCCUAGCUGGGCCUAUUUCCGUCCAGGUCUUGGCAGCUACAAAGUUGAAGAUAUUGAUGCAAGCCUAUGUUCACAUAUGUAUUAUGCUUUUGCAACUCUGGAUGGAAGUACUUACACUAUGAAUGUUAAGGACUCUUCUCUGGACAUUGAUCUAAAGAAUUAUGAGAAGUUUGUUGGACUCCGAGCUCAAUUUCCAAAUAAGAAAUUUUUAAUUUCCCUUGGAGGAUGGAUGGACUCGAGGACUGACAAGUAUUCUACCCUUCUUGCCUCUGCAGCUUUGAGAACAAACUUUGUGACAAAAGCUGUGGAAUUUAUUUCCAAGUACAAGUUUGACGGCCUGGAUUUGUUUUAUCAAUAUCCUGCAUAUGAGAAGCCUGUUCAUGAAAAAUCUACUUUUGCCCAGUUAGUAAAAGAACUAAAAACUGCUUUCAAGCCUUAUGGAUGGGAAUUAACUGCUGCAGGGGCACAUGGAAAAGAAGCAAUAGAUGCUGGAUAUGAUGUUCCAGAAAUCUCCAAGUAUCUUGAUGCAAUUCAUUUGAUUACCUAUGACACUCAUGGACCGUGGGAGAGUGUUGUUGGGCAUCAUGCUCCCCUCUACUUUUCAUCUCCCUUAGAUCAAGUUACAGUGAACUUUACGGUAAACUACUGGUUGAGUAAAGGAGCUCCUAAAAGCAAAUUGAUUGUUGGAAUCCCAACUUUUGGUCGAUUAUGGAAACUUUGCAGUUCUUCAACAAAUAUUGGAUCAAGAGGAUGUGGGCCAGGUACUCCAGGUAGCAUCAUUUGGGAUCAGGAGGGGUUCCUUAGUUACCAGGAGAUAUGUCUGGAACUAAGUAAUGGGUGGACGGUUGUUGAUGAUGAUACUGGUUCCCGUGGGCCUUAUGCCUUCAAAGGAAACCAAUGGGUUGGAUAUGAUGACCCAUUUGCUGCAGGACGCAAGGCUAAGUACAUUGGUGACAAUGACUUAGGCGGAGCAAUGAUCUGGGACUUAUCAUCAGAUGAUUUCAAUGGCAGAUGUCCCAGAGGAAAAUAUCCCAUGAUAUCGACUGUGACCAAUGUAUUUAAGUUUCAGCAUGAUCUUUGCCAGGGAACUUAAGCUAGACCUUAACUGCAUCUGAAACUAGAAGCUGAAGAUAGAUCUGAUGAUAUUAUAGAUGUAUGUCAGUUGAAACAAUAAAAUCUCAUAAUCCAG